AUGACUGAAAGUAAUGAACCACAGAUUUAUAAAAAACGUUAUAAAACGGACGAGAAACUUGGUGCUGGAAAUUUUGGUACAGCUUAUCUCGUCACUGAUCUAAGAGAAAAACAUGAACCAAAAGUAUUGAAAGUUGUUCGAUUAGGUGAAAUGGACUCAGAACAAUCAGUUGAUUCUGUUCGUGAAGCUCAACUGUUAUCAGAAUUACAUAAUGAACAUAUUGUUAAAUUCUAUGAAAGUUUUCUUGAAAAUGAUUGUUUAUGUAUAGUAACAGAAUAUUGUGAAGGGGGUGAUCUUGAUCAUCGUUUAAAAGAAUUGAAAAAACAAAAUCGUAAAUUAGAAGAAGAUCAAGUUGUUGAAUGGUUAAUAGAAAUAUUAAUUGCUGUACAAUAUAUGCAUAAAUCAAGAGUAUUACAUCGAGAUUUAAAAGCAAGAAAUAUUUUUCUCAAGUCUAAUAAAGUUAAAAUCGGAGAUUUUGGUAUAAGCAGAAUAUUAGUUGGAACCAUGGAUGUCGCUACAACAUUUACUGGAACGCCUUAUUACAUGUCACCUGAAGUUUUGAAACAUGAUGGAUAUGAAUCGAAAUCAGAUAUUUGGUCGGUUGGUUGUUUAUUAUAUGAAAUGUGCACUUAUCAACAUGCCUUUGAUGGUAAAGGUCUUAUGAAUGUUAUAUACAAAGUUGUUGAAGGAAAACCACCUGAACUUCCAAAAUCAUAUUCAAAAGAAUUAAAUGAUUUACUGAAAAAAAUGCUUAUGAAAGAUCCAAAGAAUCGACCGAGUGCUGCUCAAUUGUUGCAAACUCCAUUUAUUGUUCGACAUCGUGAGAGAACUAAUUUAAAUGGUCCACUUGAAAAUACAAUCAGUGGUAAUCUACGUUCAAAAGACAUUAAUACUCAUUUACAAGGCUCAAUAAUUUAUGGAGAGAUGCAGAAACAAAAUUGGUCCCUUGCUAGUAAAGAUCAUGUACCAGAUGAUUAUGAUUAUGUUCAAUCUGAAAAUAUUUCCUUGAAUAACAACGAUGAAGUAGAGCAAGAAGAUGACAAAGAAAAAACUUUAAAAUCUGCAAAUACACUCAAGGCAGUUAAACAAACAACAGUUGUAAGGAAAUUUCGCGACGGUGAUGCUCGUGGUCAACAAUUCAAUCAAGCUCCAAGAUCAAAUGCAAUGGACACUACUCAAAAUCGGCAAAUAGUACGUGAAAAUACAAAUUUAGGAACUAUGAAACAAUCACAAUCAUUUACAGAUAACGCAGAAGAAAAUGCACCAAUUGUAAACAAUCGUGGACGCAAUCCUGUUCAAGUUCCGAAUGAAAGUAAAUUUAAUAAUCGUAAUGGCGCUCGAGCUACUUCAUUUACCGUUAACAUGGAUAGUCGGCCUAUAACUCCAAUGCGAGGAAGCUACCAGCAAGUAGUUGAAAAAUUUCAUGAUGAAGAUGAUGCUGGUUAUCCUAAUAAUCAAUUGAAUGAUCGAAGUCCGACACGUGAACAAGAAGCGAACGAAAGAUCAGUAAAAACUCGACGAGCAAUGUCUGGAACACAACAUUCAACAAUCAAUUCAAUGAGUCGAACGAUGGGUCCACGUAAUCCAGCAAAUGGUGAUCAAGAAGUGCAAUCGAAGCCAAUGUCAAGAACUAUUGGCAGUGCAACGAGAAAGAAAACUCAAUUAAAUGCAUCUGUGGAUGAUGGUAAUGCUACGUUAAAAGAUAAUCCAAAUCAAGAUGCAUUUGGUCGAUUUGCAAAAGAUGCUAAAAUCAAUGCAUUACGCACAAAAGCUAUUCAAAAGUUAGGUGAAUCAACUUUUGAAAAAGUUUACGAUUAUUUUGUUCAACAACGUAUGGCACAAAAGUCGAAUCCUAAUUUUAAUGAAGCUAAAAUGACUGAAGGCCUUACAGCCUUUGUUAAAAAUACGAAUGAUUGUUUUCUUGUUGAUCAACUUGUAUUUCUUGAACUUUAUCAAAAUUAA